AUGUUAUCUGUAUUUCUUUCUCUUUGUUUUCGUGAAUGCAAAGACAUGCGUUUUUGCAGAGAAAACAUCAACAAAACGACUCCUGUUGCAUGGAGUAUCUCCAAUCCUCAAGUGAAUUCUCAAAUUUUCACUGCAGAUCUUAAUCUCAACGGAGUAUCAUCAGGAUAUUCUGUCCAAAUUUAUGAAAUUCCAACAGGCGGUGUAAGGUUCAGAGUUUUAAUGCCUGAAUCUCAAUCAAGUUACAGAUAUGAUAUUCUUCACGACGAUCUUAUUGUUAAUUCAACACUUUUGACAGCAAAAUCAGAUAUUGAAGGUAAAGAUGAUGGCGACCACUACACAAUUAAAACACACAACUUCGAAAUUAAAAUUCAAAAAAGUAAUUUCGCAAUUCAGAUUGCUCAUGACGACGAUAACUACAUGAACUUAAAUCCUGAUGGAUUUAUGUUCAUAGAAGACGGUUCAGCUGUCGAAAACGAAGAAUGGGAUGGAAAAAUCGAAACAUUCCCACAUGGAAAGACAGCUGUUGGCAUGUCAUUUUCAUUCAUUAAAGACGCUUAUCUUACAGGUCUCCAUGAGAGUACUUCAAGUCUUAAUCUUCCCGAUGGAGAAGACAGAAGAUAUGCCAGAGAUGCUUAUUCACUCUAUGGAUACGUACCAUUCUUCUUUGCACAUCACAAGAACCUCAAGAAAUCACCAGCUGUCUUCUGGAUGAAUCCAUCUGAUUUAACAUUUUCAAUCAGAACAAAAACAGACUCCAGAGAUGUCAGAUUCAUUUCUGAAGGUGGUUUCAUCGAUUUUGUUGUAUUCGUUCACGACAUUGAUGACUUAAUGAAAGAAUAUACAACACUUACCGGAAGAGCACCACUUCCACCAGCCUGGACUCUUGGCUAUCAACAGUCCAAGUGGGGAUAUAUGAAUCAGACACAAGUUGAAGAGAUUUUCUCCAACUUUUCCGCAGAAAAUAUUCCAUGGGAUGUUAUUUGGCUCGACAUCGACCAUCUUGAUCGCAAACGUCCAUUUACAUUCAGUGACAAGUUCUUCUACGAUCGAGAGAAGUUCUUUUCCACCCUCAAACAGCAAAACAAAACUAUAAUUAGAAUUGCAGAUCCACAUAUGGCAGUUUCAGAUGAUUAUUUACCAUAUAAAGAAUGUAUUGAUCAUGAUUAUUUCGUUAAGAAAGAGGAUGUUCCAUUCAAAGCAUCAUGUUGGCCAGGAAACUCAUCAUGGCCCGAUUUCAUUCGAAGUGAUGUUCGAAAAUGGUGGUCAAGUAAAUUUACAGAUUGGGCAGAGAAUGUCUAUCCAUGGAAUGACAUGAACGAAGUUGCUGCUUGGGAAUCCAUUGAAGGCACAUUACCUAAAGAUGCCAAACAACUGAACAACACAAUCGAAGUUCGCGAAGUUCAUUCUAUAUAUGGUUUAUCUAUGACGAAAGGCACAUUUGAUUCUAUCAACAGUCGUCGUUUUCGUCCAUUCAUUCUUACACGUUCAUUCUUUGCCGGCUCACAGAAAUACGCGUGGACAUGGUCCGGCGACAAUUCAGCACUUUGGGAACAUUUAUCACAAUCGAUUGAUUCACUUUUGACAUCUAAUCUGAAUGGCCAACCAUUCACCGGUUCAGAUGUUGGUGGCUUUGGUUCUAACACUACGAAAGAACUUUUAGCACGCUGGUACCAAGUUGGCUCAUUAAUCUAUCCACUUUUCCGUGAACACUCAGCGAAUACAACAGAAUACAGAGAACCAUAUCUGUACAAGAAUGAUUCUGAUAUCUAUUCUAGUAUAUUAAGAUCAAUCAAAGAACGCUAUCGUGUUUUCCCACUUCUUUAUACAUCUAUGGAACGAUCAUCACGUAAAGGCAUUCCAUUUGCAGCUCCUCUUUUCUACCAUUACCCAGAAUCAGAUGUCCAUUCUAUCAGUCACCAAGUUAUUGUUGGUGGUCAACUCAUGGUUGUUCCCGUUUUGAGAGAAGGAUCAGAUAGUGUUUUUGUUACUAAACCAGGUGAAGAUGAAUGGUAUGAUUUUCGUACAGGUGAACCACUUGUUACAGGCACACACUCAGCCAAGAUCAGUGAACAUGUUUCUGCAUUCAUCAAAGGUGGUUCAAUCAGUGCUAUUUUGUCCGAAGAUGUUUCAAGUAUUUCAGAAUCAUUGAAAUCCAAUGUCACAUUGAUCAUCUCAGUUGAUGAUGACAAAGAAUCAGAAGGAGAACUUUAUUACGAUGAUGGCCAAUCAUUUGAUUACAAAACUAAUAACGGCUCAGCUAGAAUUUCUAUUAAAUACGAAGAUAAACAAAUUGAAAUCAAAUGCAAAGGCGAAUGUCAAUAUGCACCAAUCUGUGAUCAAAUUGUUAUUUAUGGUCUUCAGAACAAAGAUGUUCCUCAUUUCAAGAUCGAUGGCAUUUCUACUUCCGUUUAUGAUCACAAAGUUGUCAUCUCUAACAUUCGUGUUCAACUUGGUCAGUCACAAUCUAUCGAAUCUUCUAUCUCUAACAAGACACGAAACAUCAUCAUCUCUAUUUCAGCCGUUUUUGGUGUUAUUUUCAUCAUCUUCAUCAGCUUCAUCAUCCAACGUCAACUCAAGAAGAACAAAGCCGACAACAACUAUGAAAGUUUUGCUGAUGAAAAAUAA